AUGCAAUUAAGGACAAACUAUGCGUGUGUACAGUUCUUCAGUUUCACACUGGUAGUGGAGAACAGUUAUACAAGCUCAUCCAUCCAUCCAAAGUUGAUAUGCUCAAUUCCUCUAAGCAACCUUAUUCAAGACGAAAAUUGGUUUCAUUUACAAUGCGGCUGUGGAACAGCUAGCUACGGGUACCAGCAAAGCUCUAAUCCAGCUUACCCUUCGCCUUAUUCUUCACUUUCUCCAUAUCCACCAGGCCCUAUUUCUGGUUACAUCUUGAGACCAGUUGACCCCGUUAGAAAUUCAGGAUAUGCUGUUGCAGGUGGAGCUGGUGAAGGUGGAAUCCCCGUUGUUCACAACCAAUACGGGCAGAUUGGAUAUGUUCAAUCACCAUAUGGAACAUUGCCAAAUGGUCCCUUCUACUGGCAACCAUCAGCAGGUUCACCAUAUGAGCGAGUUCUGGUCGGAGGAUUACGAUUUUAA